AUGAAGUUCCAACUUUUGACCUUGGGGGCUAUAGGUCCUUUGGCUGCUUACGCUUUGCCCAAAUGCGGUGGUGGUCGCCCGCCGCCGCAAAGUGCAGCAGGAAACGGCACUUACACAGCCGUGCCUGCAUAUCCUUCCUCUGCUGAGGCCACCAGCUAUACGUCCUUGACGUCCUCCUCUUUGAGCCAGGAGGUCGACUCAACCUCGGUCUUGCCCGCCACCACCACCAUAAUUGAGUCAUCUUCGUCGUCAGUGGCUGUCCCGACUACCAGCUCAUUGAUCACCAGCGCCUCAGAAAACGCGCCAACUACAACCCCAACUACCGCUGCAGCACCGACAACCUCCGAGACGGCCCAAGCCGCGUCUUCCACCGAUACCUCGCCCAGCCAGGUCAUCAGCGCGUCCUAUACUGAGGCCACACCAAUCUCUUUCAAGGUUUCCGCAACUGAACAAUGCGGCGACAAUGAUGUUCUGAGCCUGCCCGGCAUGCCGUGGACUGUUGCCAACUCCAUGUACAAUGCCGACCAAAUGGUAGGCUCACAGUGCACCAACUUUGAGGGAAUCCUCGAAGCCGCCGAUGGCACUCAAGAAGUAUCCUGGACUAGCAUCACCGACAUUGAUUUUGUCGAGUCUACCAAGGAUCUUUGCAAGGGCUACACAAACAUUGGUAUUGGCGUCAACCUGAACCAGCGAUUCAGCGAUAUCUCCUCCAUACCUGCCUACUUUCAGUGGGAUCGCACCAAUACCACCGAGUUCAGAGGGUCCAACCUGUUCGACUUCAUUACUGCCCCUACCAAAGGGGAUCAUGACUCGACGGCCACGUCCGAGUUCAUGCUUUGGAUCCGAAUCUGGGGUGGUCAGGUUCCUAUCGGCUACGUGGACGGACCCGUUGCCACGUUUGACCUCUUUGGAGCCAGCUGGAAGUUGUACGAGGGACAGAACCCCAACAAUGGAGUCACAGUCCGCAGUCUGCUGGUCGAUGACAACUUUGAGGGCGAGUUUCAAGGUGACCUCAAGGAGUGGCUGGAUGCCAUGGCGCAGCGCGGUUACAUUGCAGACAGCGACUAUGUCACUGUGGGCAAUGCGGGCACCGAAGUCUUCUAUGGAAGCGCCACCAUGAGUGCAAAGGUGGCUCUCAAUAUCGAGGUUUAA